AUGUCUUCAAGUAAUUCUAAAUUAAAAAUUUGUGAGCAGAAUGAUUUACAUGAAGAGUUAAGAAAAAUACAUGAUGAUCUUGAAUGUAUUUUAAAUGAAAAUCAUGAAAGAAAAUAUUAUGUAAAAAGAAUAAAUGAUAAGGAAGAAACAUCUCUUACCGAAUUUAUCGAAUUUUAUAAAAGUACAUGGCUAGACGGUGUACAAAAGGCAGUAAAUACAGGAAAUAGUGUCUUUCCGGUUAUAGGUGGUGCAGUUGGUGGUUUGGUAGCAGCAAGUAUUGGAUAUUUAUCAAUCAAUACUGUGUUUGAUAUGUAUAAGAAUGAAAAAUUUGAAAGAAUGUUAAAAAAAGCUUAUAAAGAUGAUCAAUAUGUUAUUGAAGAGGAUCUUGAUAAUAUUAUUCAAAUAUUAAAAUAUGAUAUUGAUUUAAAAUUUAAGGAAAUGAUAGAACAAGAAGCAUUAAAAUACUUAAAAGAAAAAUAUCCAAAUCAA